GCGGGCGGUGUCGUGGUGUGAGACAGAGAGAGAGAGAGAGAGAGGACUCGGGACGCAGGGAUCACUCCAGCAGAGGAAGCUGCGGAUCCGGCGACGGCGCCGCAGCGAGCAUGAUUCCAAGUUUCUUGAUCUGACCCCGCUGCCGAGAUGCAGACGACAGCGUGCCAUCCAGGUUGGCGCAAACUGGCGGUCUGUCGUGCUGCGAUACGCAGACGCCUUGCUAUCAGAUCGUCAGAUCGCCCUCGACGAUUACAGGGCGAUAUGCCCUUUGUCUCUCUCUCUCUCUCUGACCACCUCUCCACCCCAGACCCGUGGCGCCUGCCGCGAGCAUGGGCCUGUUUCUCAAGCUUGAUUGGGAUUACCAGGCCCUCUCGUUGACUCGAGCAUUUUGUUUUUUUGUUGUUUUUUGGCCAGGAACACUCCAAGGCUACCCGGCCACUCCCUGUGGCCCGUGGCCCAGCAUAAGGUACUAACUCCACACAGGUUCACGUGGCCUACGACAGCGUCAACAGACUUCAUCUAUUCAAGAUCAUCCGCUCGCUCCUUGCCUCUGCCAGCCUGCCUAUAUAUACGCACGCGCCUGGCCUGGUGCUGCCUGAAAAUAGCACAUUCCUUCCGGCUGUUCUGCCUUCAAAUCAUCUCUUGGCUAGUUCCUUUGUGUGCAAAGGUCCACGCUACCAACCGAAAGCCUUCUGGUUGAGGCCCGGCCUAUUUGGUGGGCCAUCUGCGCCACCUCGACCGAAUCAGCCCUGCUGCUCAGAUAUCCUUCGGCGUAUUUCACACGCCUACCCUUGAUGCGCAUGUCUCUAGUGGCAACAGCAUCUUCUUCUUCUUUUUUAAGAGGAUAAAAAGACACGCGGAGCCGUUCCACCCUUCUUGCCCUCUUGUGCCCUUGCUCCUUCUCUUAUUAUUUUUUCCAUGUCGAGGAAGGUCCAGGCCAAGCACUCCCCGUGCACCGAGCUAUAACUCUAGUGCAGAGCUGGGCUUCAUAACCCCCCCCCCCCCGGUCCCUCAUAUCACGAGUUCGACGCCAUUUCACAACACAUCUCGUCCGGGCUUCACCAUGGCGACCCAAGACGACACCCCAGCCUCGCCCAUCAUGUCACGCUUGCCGUUCUUUGGCAGGCGGAAGGCCAAGGGCACAAACUCUCCCAAGAGAGAGUCAGACGGCGAGGACGAAACCACAUCCAACCGACCACCCAAGUGGAGCUUUGGUGUGCUGAAUGACAAGCACACCAUUGAGGUUCCAGGGUCUGUGCUACUACUGGCGGAUCAUAGGAAUGAGCCACUUGGCCUGCGUAAUGCUCCUGCCAGGACAUCUCAUUCGUCCAUACCAGUUAGCAUUCGCCAGGGGGAGUAUGAAUCAAAGGCCGACAAAGCAGCCGACGAGAAGAAGAAAACCCCUGACGGGAAGAUCAUCUUGGACCCCCAACCCGAAGAUGUUCCCAACGAUCCUUUAAAUUGGCCCACCUGGCGUCGCGACGCCGCUCUGCUGUCCAUAGGCAUCUACUGCAUGGUCGGCGGUGGACAGACCUCGAUUCUUGCCGCCGGCUUCACCAACGUUGCUGAGGACUACGGCGUGCCCGUCUCCAAGGUCUCACUGACCACGGGUCUGUAUAUGAUGGGGCUCGGCCUCGGCUCAGUCAUUGCCUCGCCCACGGCUAUUCUGUGGGGCAAGCGACCUGUAUACCUCGUUAGCGCUCUGUGCUUCAUUAUCACAUCAGUUUGGUGCGCAUUGUCACCAAACUACCCCUCGCUCAUUCUGGCCAGGAUAUUCCAGGGCAUGUCCGUGAGCCCUGUCGAGUGUCUGCCCUCGGCCACCGUUGCCGAGAUCUUCUUCCUGCAUGAGAGGGCGUUCCGACUCGGCAUCUACACCCUUCUGCUUCUCGGAGGCAAGAACCUGGUCCCUUUGGUCGCAGCCGUCGUCGUUCAAAACCUCUCGUGGCGCUGGGUUUUUUGGGUCGUUGCUCUCGUGGUCGCAUUCUGCAGUGUCUUGCUCUUUCUCUUUGUCAGCGAGAGCUUUUGGAUGCGCGUGCCUCACGGCCGAACGCGUGCGCCGUCCAGACCCGGCCUCUUUCAGCGGAUGUCCUCAAAAUACUUGGCUCGGCACGAACGAGUGCAGGCUCCAGGCUCUGAGAACACUGUCGCAUCGCCCCAAACAGAGGCAAAGCAGCAGAGGCCGCACAAGGACGUACACUUCUCCACCGGGUCAGAAACCGAGACAGUCGAAAGUCGAGACAGGGUGCCCGGGGGAGAACACCACGUCAUGUUUGCGCCUGCUGCGGAGACUGUUAACGACCACACUCUGGGCACGCCCGAAUCGAAACUGUAUCAGCACAAGAACGAGAAGCUCGAGGUGCCUAGAGGAGAAAGCUCAUCAGAUGAGCCGCCUGCGCCUUCAGCGAGGGACCAAAUGGAGGAGGCACCUCAGGCUAGCAUCCCGGCGCUUCCGAGUCCCACGGCCGAGCGACCUAGCAGGACCUCGUCCAUCCGAAGCUACCUGCCUUGGUCCCCCCGCGACCCGGAGAAGCGGCAGCAGGAGCAGGCGAACCUUAAUGAGUACUGCGAGCACUGGCGAGAGCGCGAGGCCAAGUCAUUCAUCCAGCAACUUCGCCCGUGGCAUGGCCGGCUCAACAAGGACAGCUGGCUCAAGGUCAUGAUCCGGCCCUUCGUCCUGUUCGCCUACCCUGCUGUGCUCUGGUCAUCUGCCAUAUACGCAUGCUCUGUGGGAUGGCUCAUUGUCGUCUCCGAGUCGAUCGCAGUCAUCUACCGGGAGAAAUACUACCACUUCAGCGCGCUUGGCGUCGGGUUGAUAUACAUCUCACCUUUCGUGGGUGGCAUCUUGGGCACUGCCGUGGCCGGAAAAGUCUCCGACAUCUUUGUCAAGGCGAUGGCGAAACGGAAUGGCGGCCUGUACGAGCCAGAAUUCCGACUGAUCAUGGCCCUGCCGAUCGCUAUCUCGACCGCAAUCGGUUUGAUGGGCUUUGGCUGGAGUGCGGAAGAGCAGGAUCACUGGAUUGUCCCUACUGUGUUCCUAGGUAUCAUCAGCUUUGGCUGUUGCCUCGGAAGCACGACAUCGAUCACGUUUUGCGUCGACAGUUACAGGCAGUAUGCUGGCGAGGCCCUCGUCACGCUGAAUGUCAGCAAGAACAUCCUCCAUGGGCUCGUCUUCAGCCUCUUCGUGACGGAAUGGCUAGAGACAGACGGCUCCAAGUCGGUCUUCAUCUAUUUGGGAGUCAUACAGCUGAUUAUAGCAUUCACAGCGGCGCCGUUAUUUGUUUAUGGAAAACGGCUUAGAAUGUGGACCCUGCGCUCUAAUUUCAUGGAGAAGUUCUAGGUGAACUUUAAAACGGUGGAAUAUUGAGUUGACAGCACUGGGAGGAUAAUGAGUUUCGUGAAGACUGAGGCUCUGCAAACAGGGCAUGAUUCUAGCGUCUUUUUAUAUGCAUGCCAUAGGAACGGAGUUGAGGCAUCACCUAUGGGACUUGGGAGAAUGGGUUCGCCCUUAUGAUUCGGUCAUAGGAUUUAGACGGGAAACUCCACAUCAUUGUGUCAAUAAGCUGCUUCUCGUCCGGGACAACCUCCAAGGGUUAAAUCUUGCAGGGCACACUUGCCCAGUCACUCCGUAGUUGAAAUCCACAACAUGCCAACUAGAA